AUGUUUUCUUGCUGUCUUCGGACUACUCGAGGCUCAGGCCUCAAGAGACACAACGGAGAAGGCCAGGAUGGUGUCUGGAGGCAGAGGAUUCACUCUUGCUUUCAACGCCUGUGGCCAUUUUCCCGAAAGGGAACAAAUUUGACCAAGGCCAGCCAAGGACAGGAACACACAGACCAGAUGGAGCCCCAGAGAGAGGCCUGCUCCAGGGCACAGAUUGUGGUUGAGCAGAUGAACACCCUGGUGCCUUCUCUGAAGGAAUGGGACCCCUUCUCGGUCCUUGCUUUUCUGUCUACAUAUAGAUAUUUUGCCACCCCCAUACAGGUGUUGGACCUGGUGUUUGUGAGGUAUGCUUACUUCAACCCUUAUUCUAAAGAGGACGAACAAGUAAAGAACACCCUCUGUAGCUUCCUGGAAACAUGGAUGGACACGAAUCCUGAGGACUUUUGUGACCCAGCAGACCUGUUGCCUCUGAAAUACCUGAAGGCCUACUUGAGUGUGUGCAUGCCACACUCCGAUCUUAGUGUCAGCGUCAAGAGGCUCCUGACCCAGUUGCAGGAAGAACAUGCCAAGGAUUCACAAACCAAGGAUGAGGAAGCCUCAGAUCUGGGGAGACAAACUGCCUCAGAUCUGCACUUUGAGUGGGUGUAA